AUGAUGAUCGACGAGACGCUUCUCAACUUCACGACCGCGGCGCCACCACCGACGGUGUUGUCGGCGGUGGCGAGGGGCACACAUCUGGUGGAUCAGUUCCCGGCGCAUGCAGAGAUUUUUAGUGAUGCCGAUUGGCCGUUGGUGCAGGUAAGACUAUUUUUCCUGAACAUUCAACAAAUUCUGAGCAUUUUCCAGCAAAAAUCAGUCUAG